AUAAUUGCGAGACGGACUACGUUUCCUGUCUGUUUGAUCAUCUGUUCUUUGUCGUCUCUUGUCUAAACUCUGUCUCUUACUUUUCCUUCUGGAUCCAGAAAACAAUCAGUAUCUGUCUCUGUCUCUGAGUAUUAUCCGAUCGUUCUGAGAAGAUUACGUUGAUCGUUGCCGCUUCUAUGCCAACUUGUAGAGAAAAUGGGAGAGUCUAAGGGAUAUGGGAAAGGAGGACGAGUGAUUCCAAACGCUAAGUCUGCAAAUUCUUACAACGUCUCUCUUCAGUUGUCUCCAGUUGUUUCCUUUUGGGAUUGUAUUGUUCGCACCAUGAGGUAUUCCUAUAUACCCGAGUGGGUGUAGUAGUAGUUCUUGACAUCCUUCUACUACAGUUAUUUUUAGUUCAGUUAUUUUUAGUUAAGAGUCAUAUAUAGAGCAAGCAAGUAUGGAUCAUGUUGUGUGCAAGCAAGUUCAACCACUAGCUAGGAAAGGGAAGAAGAAACAUAAUGGUAAAGAUGAAUUCGAUCGUGUCAAACAAGCUGAGAAGAAGAAGAGACGUCUUGAGAAAGCUCUUGCUACUUCUGCAGCCAUCCGGGCUGAGCUGGAAAAGAAGAAGCAGAAGAAACUUGAAGAGCAACAGAGGUUAGAUGAAGAAGGUGCUGCAAUAGCAGAGGCUGCUGCUCUGCACGUCCUACUGGGCGAAGAUUCUGACGAUGCUUUAAUGCUUGGAGAGGUAAACUGUAACAAGAUUGAUCUGUUUAGAGGUGAAAGAACAAACUAUGUUCCUCGCCAGAGUUGCGCAAGCUAUGCGGUUCAAGGAGGGAUUGGGUUUCAGACGAACGUUUAUGGACGUGGAGAUAGUAACUGGUCUGUGCCAUACAAUCCAUCCAUGAGGGGUGCUUGGGAGAGCAA